AUGGGCAGUCAAAAGUCAACGUUACCGCAAACGAUUACACUGGUGGUAGCGUUGAUUUUGCUGGUCGUUGGGGUUGCACUCAGUAUUGCAGCUGUUCUGUCACCGUCAUGGCAAGUUGUGGACAUUCGGGAAUACCACGAAGAACAUCAUCAUGGACUUUGGCAAGACUGUACUCGGGCGCAUGUACAUCGUCGAGCUGAAGAAUAUCAUCAUGAUGAAUAUGGUCGGGCGAUACCGCCAGAACUUGCACCAUUUUCAUGCACCUAUAAAUUUGAUAAAAAAGCUGAAAAUAUUGUUCAAGAGAAUCUGGAUGACAACAGUGCUGCAAUUGAGGCUGAACUGCAUCAAUUUUACGGUAAAGAGUUUUGA